AUAGAGGGGGAGAGACGCAGGCAGUCCGCUAGCUCGCUAGCAAAACCUCUCCUUUACUCGAAUACAUAUCUGCUGCUGUUUGUGACGACUCAUAACAUCGGCAGCAAAACCCGAGAACGCCUCUGUAGAAAUUAAGUCAUAUUUGGUAGAGUGGAAGUCAACGUGCCGAAACAGUGACACAACCCAGACCCGAGAUAAGACGGCGACAUGGCUACGACAACCUGUACACGAUUUACGGACGAGUACCAGCUAUAUGAAGAGCUUGGAAAGGGAGCCUUUUCAGUGGUGCGCAGAUGUGUCAAACUGUGCACGGGCCAGGAAUAUGCAGCCAAAAUAAUCAACACCAAAAAGCUCUCUGCAAGAGAUCAUCAGAAGCUGGAACGUGAAGCACGUAUCUGUCGCCUACUCAAGCACUCCAAUAUCGUUCGCCUCCAUGACAGUAUAUCAGAAGAAGGAUUCCACUACCUCCUCUUUGACUUGGUGACCGGGGGAGAGCUGUUUGAAGAUAUUGUAGCCCGGGAAUAUUACAGCGAAGCGGACGCCAGUCAUUGCAUCCAGCAGAUCCUGGAGGCGGUGCUUCACUGCCAUCAAAUGGGCGUGGUGCACCGAGACCUGAAGCCAGAGAACCUGCUCCUGGCCAGUAAGUGUAAGAACGCAGCCGUUAAGCUGGCCGAUUUCGGGCUGGCCAUCGAGGUGCAGGGGGAUCAGCAGGCCUGGUUCGGGUUUGCCGGGACGCCAGGGUACCUGUCCCCUGAAGUGCUGCGGAAGGAGGCCUAUGGCAAGCCUGUGGACAUCUGGGCCUGCGGCGUGAUCCUGUACAUCCUGCUGGUGGGAUACCCCCCCUUCUGGGACGAGGAUCAGCACAAGCUCUACCAGCAGAUCAAAGCAGGGGCCUACGACUUCCCCUCCCCUGAGUGGGACACGGUCACCCCUGAAGCCAAGAACCUGAUCAACCAGAUGCUGACCAUCAACCCCGCCAAGAGGAUCACCGCCCAGGAGGCUCUCAAACACCCAUGGGUCUGCCAACGCUCUACUGUAGCCUCUAUGAUGCACAGACAGGAGACAGUGGAGUGCCUGAAGAAGUUCAACGCCAGGAGGAAACUGAAGGGGGCCAUUCUUACCACCAUGCUGGUGUCUCGGAACUUCUCUGUGGGCCGCCAGACCACGGCUCCCGCCUCCGUCUCCGUGGCAGCCGCGGCCGGUGCCGCCGCGGGGCUGGUGGAGCAAGCAGCCAAGAGUUUGCUGAACAAGAAAGCCGAUGUGAAGCCGCAGUCAAACAGCACGAAAAACAGCAUAGUCACCAGCCCCAAAGGAAACGCCCCUUCUCCUGCUCUGGAACCUCAGACCACUGUUAUCCAUAACCCAGUGGAUGGGACCAAGGAGUCCUCAGACAGCAGCAACACCACCAUUGAGGACGAGGAUGUGAGAGGGAAAAGUCUAGACAGCAGCACAGUUAAGACCCAAUCCAGCACGAGCUCCCAGCCCGAGACCGCCCAGUCGGGCCAGGGCCCGGCCGUCUACUCCUCCAAGCUGACAGACCUGCUGGGCUGUGUACGCAGGAGUUCAGGACCGGCCUCUGACAGCGAGGGGGGGGCCAGCACGCCCCCUGCGGCCGUGUCUGCCCCCUCCCCUCCCCAAACCCCUGUCGUUCCCCUUCAGAUGUCUCGCCUGACGGACAUUGUGAGCAACGUUCGCCGGGGCCCCGCCCCCCAGCCCGACUCUGAGGCCACGCCCACCCGGCCUGCGGCCCCCCCGCCCCAGUCCUCCCCCCCUCCUCCGCAGGCCCCCCUCAGCCCCUCCCUGACCCCGCAGACACGCAAACAGGAGAUCAUCAAAAUCACAGAGCAGCUGAUCGAGGCCAUCAACAAUGGAGACUUUGAUGCCUACGCGAAGAUCUGUGACCCCGGGCUGACCUCGUUUGAGCCAGAGGCCUUGGGGAACCUGGUAGAGGGCAUGGACUUCCACAAGUUCUACUUUGAGAACCUGCUGUCCAAGAACAGCAAGCCGAUCCACACCACCAUCCUGAACCCCCACGUGCACCUGAUCGGCGAGGACGCGGCCUGCAUCGCCUACAUCCGCCUGACGCAGUACGUGGACGGCCAGGGCCAGCCCCGCAGCAGCCAGUCGGAGGAGACCCGGGUCUGGCACCGCCGCGACGCCAAGUGGCAGAACGUCCACUUCCACUGCUCGGGCGCCCCCGCCGCGCCGCUCCAGUGAGGGGGGACACUGCCGUGGACACUUUGGCCAGGAGUGCCCAGCUGAAGAGAGGGCUGGAGGGGAGAAGUCCAGGGUUGGAUAGCUUUGAGCCAGCAGCACCCGGCCCUCCUGCACUGGGCACCCUUCCUCACCCGCAUGCUCAUGUCUACAACCACGCCACCUGCUGGGCUGCCCACUCUACUGCACCCAACAACCAGAAUCAAAAAGCACACCAACCCAACCCAACCCAACCCGACCCCCUGUCCUGCCAGGUUUAACUACAGCACCCUCCCCUACACCCACACACACGGACCCCCUUCCCCCCACCCAACCCCACAGUAAGACUUACCGCAGCAGUGUUAUCUAUCAGUGGCUAGCAUCUUUUUCAGCAGGGCAAUAAGGUGUUAAGAGUCCACUGUUUUUUCACCCUGGCAACGCUGGCUUCCUCUACUGCUUCUAUCAGGCAAUCCACACUGGAGUCUCAGCUGGCUUUGUGUCAAAGUGCACAUGCUCUCUGAAAUAAGUAUGUAAAAUUUCAAACAAAAGUCUAUUAUGAUUAUUACUAUUAUUAUUAUUAUUAUUAUUGUUACUAUUGUUACCAUUAUUAUGUUAUUACACGAUGGCAAUUGUAUAUGUAAUUUGUAUAAUUCAUAUUCUUGAUGCCAGUGGUUUCUAGAGUUUCAGAAAGAUCUUUUUUUCCUCUCUCUCUCUCUCUCUCUUUUUGAGACAGCAUGACUUUUUCAAUAUUCACAGUGGCUGUUUUUUAUUGUGCUUAAGUAAAAAGAAGCCUACUCUGGCGUUUUUGUAAAAGCUUCCGUCUGUUAUCCAUAAUGCUAAGCAGCCUGGUGUUGAAGUGAGAGGUGUGAUUUUUUUCGGAAAGGGUGUGUCAGGUGGGAUAUAGGGGCGAGAAUGUGGGACGUAUAGGGGACGUGGGGGGGGGGGUUUGCUGGUAUCAGCAGCUGGCCUGAAUUUCAGCACUGCGGUCUUUUUCUGGGCUGGGAUUCAGAUACGGUAUCUUUGGUCUUCCAGUCUCCAGUCGCAUCCUGCUUCGGGGGCCCGGUGCAUUAUGGGAGGAGUCGCGAACAGAAGUGAAAAGGGAGGUUUUUUCUUUCGUUAAAGUUACUUGUGAUGUUUUUUCGAUGUCGUGUCUUUUGAGGACGGGCUGUGUUUUUUCUCUCCACGGUCUGUAGGCGUGUGCCCGCAGUAGGAGCCUCCGUUUUAAUAGCUGGCUAAGCCAUACAGGCCCAGCGGGGAAAGCCGGAGUUUUUUGGCAUCCGCGCGCAAGCCGCCACGUACUCCACCCGCCGCACACCCACCCACUCCCCGCGCUCGAUCUGCACGGUGCUAGCACGUUAGCACGUUAGCACGUAACCGCCGCCUCUCGUCUGUGUCCACAGACCACACGGCCUAGCUCCUCAGGUGACGCUCCGCAGCCGAAAAAAAAAAAAAAAACCCCCCCAGCCUUAUCCCGUUUGUGAGCCAUACCGCUACGCGUGCCCUUCAGCGCGGCGCAUCUCGCUGUUAGCGCAGUGCUACACCGUUAGCGCUGCACCGCCAGCCGCCCCCCGCGUGCCGCUCGUCCGGCUAAGAGCGGCAGGGAGUGGUUUGACCGCUCCGGUCUGAACGCGAGUGUGCGUACGGCCCUUUUCCUGGAUGGGGGGGCGGGGGGGGGACAUGGCAGGGGUGUAAAUCCUUAGGCUCCUGGCUGCAUGGGCGGAUCAGUGGACCAUGCGGGGCGAAAUCAAGGACCUGGUGGAAGUCUUCGGCGUAGGAGUUUCGACAUCAGGGCUGAAUCGGUGUAGUUUCGCGGGUUUUCGGAGGGACGCGUGCGGGGGUCGAGAACGAGGUCCCGCCUGCGAUGGGGGCGGAGUCUCGUGGUCUGCCAUUGGCAGUUCAGGUGAGUGAAGGGUCAGGGAGGCGUGUCUGAAGGUUUCUCCAUACGCGAUUGGUCCUGAGGUGGUGCGGCUUUGGAGGAGGGGCUUUUAGAAGGAUGGCUUUAUUUAAAGAGAUCGAGGCCUCUGCCUACAGUCAGGGAGGUUUCAUUCAUCAUUUAAGUUUGUUUUUAUUAUUAUUAUUAUUAUUAUUAUUAUUAUUAUUAUUAUUGUUUAUACUGAAUUUCAGGAUAUGGUUGUUUUUUUGUAUAUAUUUUGUGGAAAACAAGUGAGAUGGGUUCUCGCUGGUUUUCCUUCUUCAAAUUGGGUGUUUAAUUUUUGCUUAAACGAAAUGUGUUGGCGUGUCUGAAUGCUUUAAAUUAAAAUGAUUUAAUUUAAUUAAUUUAAUGAAAUUUAUUAGCUUUUUAAGUUCGGAGAGUUGGCUGUUGGCAGUGUCUCUGCUGGGCUGGGGGGGGGGAGGGCGGACAGGAAGUGGAGGUUUGCUGGGUAGUGCAGUCCGGCAGCAGUGGGGAGGGAGGCCUCGAGCCCCCCCAUGUGCACUGGGAAAGUGCUUUGAGGGUGGGGUCACCCUAAAGGUGUUUUUAAGGACAGAGGGGCUUGUAGCUGCCUGGUGGGAUUGUAACUGCCGGGAAGGUGAACUCUCCGGAAGGGAAAUAUGCCUUGUCGUGUUUAAUGUAAUGACAGCGUUACGGGCCCAUGGUCGUGUGUGUGUGUGUUAGCCUCUGAGUGUAUGGAGGAGGGCAGGAGGGGGGGGCAGGACAGCUGGCUGCUGUGGAGAUGGCCUUAUAGCCAUCACAGUGAUCAGUCCUCAAGCUGUAUUUCACUAUUGAUCGUAAAUAUUGUGUUAUUUUCAUCUGUGUUCCAAUGUACAAAGUGACACUCAGUGUUAAAGGUCAAAGGCAGGAGGAUGUGCUCUCUGUCAGAACAGAGUGUGUGAGAGAGGCCGAGAAAGGAAAGCAAGGAAGCCAUGUUUUCCAACACGCAAAAAAAAAACCCCGAAAACUGGAGAUGACCUGUGUUUUGAGUUUCUUUCCUGUUUUUUUUUUUUUGUUUUGUUUGGUUUUCCUUCUCUUUGCUGAAAAGUGGAGCGAGUGUUGAGUUUAGUCCGGCCCCUCCGUCAUGCCGUGACCUGGAUGUGAUUCCUCAGGAAAAGAUCAGCUUUGUAGAAAAAAAAAAUUGUUGUUAGAAAGAUUUACCAAGCACGCAAACGUCACACCUCUCUCUCCCCCCUUCUGCAUCGGGGGGGAAAGCAGCAUGCUGACAGUGUUCUUCUUGUUCUUCUCAGUGUGUUUUGCAUUUGAAAUAAUCAUUUUUAAAAAUAAAAAUAAUAACUUUUAAAAGAAAUACAGUAUUGCAAAACUACAGUUAACUAGUAAUAUCAUAGAUGGCAUUUCUUUGCAUGACAUUCAACGGGACAGUAGGUUUGAUGUUUUUCUUUUCUGUUCUUUUUUUUUUUACUGAAUGCUGGUAAACUAACCCUUUCUCUAUCUAUUUUCUCAGCUUUGUAAGUGAAAAAAGCUAUUUUUGUCUCGGGAUGAUGACAUUUAUGAUGAUGAUGAUGAUGAUGAUGAUGAUAGUGGUUUAAUGGGGAUUGUAUAGCAUGCCUUUUGUACAGGGGCUCAUUGUUGUCAAAGCAGGGCGAAUCACUUGCACAUUUGCCAGUGUGCAUGUAAAACACAGGCAUUGCAGGUAAAACUGCUGAACUGGAGAAAGUCACAGCCAAUGUGUAAUGCAUGUACCCAGACUGAUCUGUGCCCUUGCCUACUCGUCGCUUCAAAAAACAAUGGGCUACAAUAAUACAGUUGUUCUGCGCAGUAAUGUUGCAAUUCCUUAAGAACCCACUAGGGAGCACAAUCAUACAUGGAAAAGCACAAACAUUUUCUUUUGCAGUGGUUCCUAAUGAAGUAUGUGGUUCUUGUAGGUUUCAAAGCAUCAAUACUGUAAUUAGUAGAAACUAGUUUAAAUUUCAUCUUACUUCAUGCUCAGCAUGUGUACAGUAACGUAUCAUCCUUGAAAGAAAUAGUUGAAAAACAUUCACUGUAUAAGUGUCUAUAUAUACGUUGACAGAAAUGUGCAUAUGUAUAAAGUAAUCCAACCAAUAUACGAUACAUCUCCUGCUUUAGAAAUUUGGUUAUUUAAGCCUUAGUUCUGAGAUUACCCGAUGUAGUUAGCGUUUAGUAUGCGACAUUAAGAAGUAGUGUUUGAUGGUCAGAAGAGGACGUUUCUCCUCAACCCUGACGAUUGAAAUCUCUGAAAUUGGAUUUCCUGUUUUUGGAGGGGAAAUUAAAAAUUUGCCCUAACUGCCCUUCCUGCCUUUCAGUUUUUUAUUUGCGCGGGAGGCAGGUUUGUUUGGUACUGUUUGGGAAAUCUAGGUUUUGCAUUAUAAUUGUCUUAGAAAUGUAGAUUAUUUAACAUAAUGUGAUAGUACAAUGCAUACUAGCAUGAUAGAAAGAUUGUUACCUUUCCUGAGUGCUAUACCUCGAGGCGAGUUAUUUCGUUAUCGGUCGACAGAGGUUACGCAGACGUGUGCAUUGUCUCAUGGACAGUGACUAGAAACGGUGUGGAGGCCGUAAACCACUCGACAUUUUCGUAAACCGUUCGACACCCAUCACGUAAACCGCUCGACAUCCCGUAAACCGAUUGACACCCAUCUCCGAUGUGGCUCCCUACUGCUCUGACAACACUGAGCUAACGGCUCCUCGUGGCGUUCGUUUUGCUCUUCCUAAUCCCUUUCUUCCCCCUUGUUAAAAAACGAAAUCUUACACUAUAUGAUUUACCUGAAGUUGAGCCUUCAUUUACAAUUUUUGGUUUUCUUUUUUUGUCAGUUGGAGUUUCUAUUUAAGGUAUUAUUAUCCGAUAUUUAUCUGAUUCUUCGGAUUACUCUCCACCGUGCUCUCUGUGUUCUAUAACUUAAGGAAAUGUGUUAAGAUGUUAUCAAUAAAAUGAGAACUUAAAUACAACAA